AUGGCAAAUGCUAUUACAUUAUUAGUUUUUAAACCUUUCGUUGGUGAAGAUCUUUUAAAAUUAACACAACAUCAUCGCUUUGCAAUAUUUCAUCAAAUACUUUCCUUCCGAAAUAAAAUUCUACCAUUUGUGCAUCCUAUUUCAACAACAAUAGAUGCAGAUUCAAAAGCACUGGUUGAGUUAAUUGUACUAUAUCAUCCAUCACUUGAUUUAAGUGAUGAUU